GAAGUCAUUGACACUGAACCCGGUCAGUCGUCGUACAAUAACCGCUUCCGCGAGAUGGCAUACGAGGACAUGAGGUCGCUGCCUAUUCUCAAUGCCACCCUCCAGGAACCGCUCCGCAUGCACUCGCCCAUCCGCAGCAUCAGGCGUUACGUGCGGAGCGGCCUGCCCGCGCCUCCUUCGCUCGCCGCACUGCUGGAGGACAACGUGUACGUUGUUCCCAAGAGCCACACCGCCCUCGCGUCACCUGCACUCAGCCAGCUCGACGCGCUCAUCUGGAAGGACGCGAACGUGCGGGAUCCCAGCCGGUGGUUCAGCGCGGCUGGCUUUGCGGUGCAGGAGUACAAUGAGAGCUCGAGGGUCGAUUUUGGCUUCGGGCUGGUCAGCAAGGGCACGGACAGCCCAUGCCUUCCCUUCGAGUGGGGUGCAGGUAAGGAGGUGAGAGAAUGCGAGUAA